CUCGGCGGUACUAAUUGUUUUUCUAUUUAAGUACUGAAGAACAGAGUGUGUGGUAGACAUUUAAAACUCUAAAGCACCCAGAUGAGGUUGGCACUGCACCGGCAUCUAGAAGAGUGCCUAUCUGAGGCGUGGAGACGGUCUGGUUGUCUAAUUCCUGCUGCCUAGUCCCCGGUGAAGGUUACCAGUUACUGCAGUCAAUCCCAUGGUAAGAUCCACCAGUCCCAUCAGGAGAUCGACCAGCGCCCGCUCACCGCAUACCCGGAUCGGAGAUCGCGGGGUGGUGUUCAUUCUCGUCGUGCGGUGGUGGUUCGGCCAUAGACGUUUCCGGCAUGCUGUUUUCGAGGGCGACCAGAUGCCGACGAGUGCACGAAACCCCAAAUGUGAAACCACAUUUUCCUCUGCGAGCUUUUCAUGGCAUCAUGCAGCAAUCCACUGCACAAACUGCAAGGGGCGCCACAACAAUCAAAUACGCAAAAACGUAUACGGUAGGUACAUGAGGGAGCGACGCCGAGAUCUACGCUGCUCCCCGCCCUACGCGUCAAACCGAGUCAGUCCUGUUGAGCCCCGGUCGUUGGGUCGGCGGAAACGCACCUCAACCCGCCGCACGCACCUCAACCCCGCCGCCUACUCACCCCACAUCACUCCCCAGCAACAUCUCCUCCACCUUCUGGUUGAAGCAUCCCUUCCCCAAACCGACGCCUGCAAAUGCACGUCACCCGCACAUUACGUCCCAACAACGUCUCCACCGCCCUUUCUUUGGAUUUCCCUUCCCGCUUUCCGCGCUCGCUUCGCUCGCUUCCGGCUGAUGUGCCCCCCCGCUCGAGUCCCAUGUCCGUCAAUCCGCCGCCGCCAUCCGUCCCCGCGGGUCAAGGUACUCAAAACAGCGGUGGCUUUGCCGAGAGUCGUUAGGUUCAAGGAGGGCGUGCUUCGUAGUAUCCGUUUUCGAAUAAAUAUGUCAUCGUUGUCUCCUUUCGUUUUAGUUCAUGAUGUGUUAUGUGUUAUGGUGAUACUUGUGAACAAAAUGCGUCCCAUGUUUGCACUCGGGAGUCGGGACGCUGUGUGCAAGUUGGAUUCGGACCACAGUGGAAAAAGGCCGUCAAUUUUCCUCAACUCCGCUGUGUUCAAUGUUGCCUCACGCAACGUUCCAUCGACACGUAGAAAAUUCUCGCGCGUGGAUACACUUGAUCAACAUCCUACGCCGCACGGCCACAUGGGCUUCCCGUCAUCCUGACGACGAAAAUCAUCCAGACUCCAGAGUCAUUUGCAAAUUGCAAAUUGCAGAUUGCCCGUUCGUCGCCAACCCGCUGCUGCGCAUUGGCGUAUGGGACCCAUGGGACAUUGCAGUGGGUGAAUAACUGUUGACAGACGGUGGAUCCUGUUUGCAUUUCGCUUUUUGGCAGAUCUGCCAGGAGGUCCCCGACCGGCCGCUGACCGGCGGAUCCCAUCCGCCUCCGAAAUUACGACCCUCGGGAAGUCCGUCGUACUGUAGA